ACUUCGUCGCGUCCUCUUUCGUUGAGAACUUGGAUCUCUUUGUUUAGAUCUGUUGCAGCCAUGCCUGAGCCCGCGAAGUCUGCGCCGGCCCCGAAGAAGGGCUCCAAGAAGGCGGUGACCAAGGCGCAGAAGAAGGACGGCAAGAAGCGCAAGCGCAGCCGCAAGGAGAGCUACUCGGUCUACGUGUACAAGGUGCUCAAGCAGGUGCACCCCGACACCGGCAUCUCGUCCAAGGCCAUGGGCAUCAUGAACUCGUUCGUCAACGACAUCUUCGAGCGCAUCGCCGGCGAGGCCUCGCGCCUGGCGCACUACAACAAGCGCUCCACCAUCACGUCGCGCGAGAUCCAGACGGCCGUGCGCCUGCUGCUGCCUGGUGAGCUGGCCAAGCACGCCGUGUCCGAGGGCACCAAGGCCGUCACCAAGUAUACCAGCUCCAAGUGAGCGCCCGAAUUGGAGCCACUACCCCUCACCCCAAAGGCUCUUUUCAGAGCCAACUCCUUUUUCAGUAUAAGAGCUGCACAUUUCAUGGUAUGACUCGCACAUUUGAUACAGCUUAUAUCUGGGUUUCCAUGUUCCUAGCAUAUGGUACUAGUACUGUACAAAGUCAGACUACAAAUGCGGUGGGUGUGGUGAAAGGUUAAUUGCAGAUCUCUUGCUUCUGUUCAUACUGGCUUUGUUUACUAUGGCUAAGGGUGUAUCUUGUGGAACAAUGGGCAGAAAACUCCAAGUGACUAAGGCCCUGCACUGUUAUUUUACAACCAUAUCCUGAGUCUGUUAGUUUUUUUAUUCUUUACUGCAUAUCAAGGGUUGAAAUUGUGAGCCUUAGUGGACAGAGUACUAUAAAAGCUGUGUAACUCGCUAUUGGGGGGCGCACUCAUAAGCAGUGUCGGUCCGGGUUACCUGCUAGGCAUGCUCAGUUGCCUCUCAUUUUCAAUAAAGUUCAUGUGUGAAUGUCA